UGUAGGGGUUGCUGUCGGACUGUAUUCACAAUUCGUUAUCUGUAUUUUUUCGGCUCCAAAAGAUGAGUUCUCAAGCGGAAUCUUCCUUAGAUAAUAGGGAUGAUGAAGAAUCUCCAGAAAAAAGUCCAUGGCUCAAUGCUCACCAAGAUCCAGUUGCACAGCUCUACACCUUUUCCACAUCAAUUUCCUUGGCAGAUCUGAAUGCUGACUCUGACCACAAACUCCUUGUGGCUGACCUGGGCACAGGCACAUUUGACAUGAAACUGAAGGUUUUUAAGGGAACUAGUCUGUUUAUGGAGAGUGCUAUCAUUGAUCUGCCAACAGCUUUGGUAACAUUUUAUAUGGACACAAAUGAUCCACGCACACCUGCCGUCGCAGUUGCUUCAGGACCAUUCAUCUAUGUGUACAAGAAUUUGAGGCCUUAUUUUAAGUUCACUUUACCACCUCUGGAAGUGAAUGCUGUGGAGCAAGAUCUCUGGAACCAGGCUAAAGAAGACAAGAUUGACAUUCAUGUGCUCAGGGAGAUGUUGGAGAGUUUGAAGAAUGAAGGAAGUGAGGGUUUCCUUACUGUACGCUCACUGAAAUUACUGUCCCUUGAGCCAGAGGAGGUUGAAGCUUUUGCAAGUGUUCACAAGCAUGCCCCACUGAAGAGGCAAACAGUGAUUACUUGCAUGGGAACAAUGAAAAAGAGUAUGGCUGAUGAUGAUGCUGUUAGCUGUUUGGUGAUUGGAACAGAGAGUAAGGAUGUCUUUGUUCUUGAUCCUGAAGCUUUCACUGUCCUUGCAAGAAUGAACCUCCCCAGUGUACCAGUAUUCAUCUCAGUCAAUGGUUUAUUUGAUGUGGAAUUCCGAAUUGUAGUUGCAUGCCGAGAUGGUAAGGUAUACACCUUGAAGAGGGGUAAUAAGAUGGCCAAGGCAUGCAUUGAACUUGGAGCCCAAGCAGUUGGUUUAGAGCGCACGGGAAAGAGCAUUAUUGUGGGGUGUAUGGAUAACACACUGGUUUGUUACUCCACCAAAGGGAAAAAGCUGUGGACAGUGUACCUCCCCUCCAGUAUCACCACCAUGAGCCUUAUGGAUCACAAAGCAAGGGGUUUUAAGGCUGUCAUGGUAGCCAUGAAAAAUGGUGAAGUUAGGAUCUACAAGGAGAAAUAUGUCAUCAAUACCAUCAAAAUGCCAGAUGCAGUGACUGCUAUGAAGUUUGGUCGGUUUGGCCGGGAGGAAAGUGCCUUAAUUCUCAUCACCAAAGGUGGAGGCCUUUAUGUGAAAAUCUUGAAGAGAACUGCAAACUUUGAAGGCAAGGAUUUGACUCCUGGACCACCUCAGGCACAAUCUAUCAAGCUCAACGUUCCGAAGAAGACGAAGCUUUUUGUGGAUCAGACGUUGCGUGAACGUGACAGUGCUGGCAGCAUGCAUAGAAUGUUCCAACAUGAUCUAUACCUCAUGCGCCUCAUGGCUGCAAGGGCAUAUGUCAGUGCACUUCAGAAAAGUUUGAACCCGAUUUCCUCUUCUACUACAGAACCUCUGAAGCUUUCAGCUCAAGUUCAGGGAAUUGGGCCUGCCUUCAAGCUGACUGUGAAUCUUCAGAACAUUUCGUCAAGUGUGCCAUCCACCAACCUCCUCAUCACAUUUCAGUUCGAUGACUCCCUGUAUGCCCUGUCUAAGCCUUGUAUUACUGUUCCUCUGCUUGUGCCAGGCCUAAUGUACACUUAUGAAACUCUUGUGGAGUGUAUCAGUGAUAAAGGGAUUUCAGAUUCAAUCAAAGUGUUUGUUUUGCAUCAAGGAAAUAGCAUUCCUGUCAUUACUGCUGUCAUUAAUAUGCCUGUUAGUGAGGCUCUGGUUAUUGUGUAGCCAUAAGAACUACAGUUUAUGUUACCAAGACUGUUCUCACAGUUCAGUGACUUAAUUAUUUAUUACAAAAUCAGAAAAGAUAUUUUGUUUAGUUGUCUCUAAAUUAGUGCAAGACCAUGAUUGAUAUGCUGUUCUUUGCAUUUUCCCUUUAUAGGGCACUUGCAUGACCAUUAAUUCAUGUACAAUAACAAAGUUUUAAAAAGUUGUGUUUCAUAAUUGUGGUGAAAACUCCUGUUGAUCACCCUUUCCACUCUAACAUCAUUAUGCAUAUUCUCUGUGCUGUUCUUUAUACAUUUCAUAAGGUGCUGACAGGGAGAAUUUGUUUAACAAUCAAGAGCUUCUUUGGUUGGUAAUCAUUUCCUUUCCUGUCAUGAUUCAGGGGUGAUAUUAGAAGGAGAAAUAUGCAGCCAGUAACUCUUAGUCUUAGGGGUAAAAGGGCCAAGUAUCAUUAUUUAUUGAUCCUCAUCAGAAGUCACCACAAUGUGAGACUGAUUAUUUUUCACUACAGUGACAUUGUUUACUUAUUCCAAAGGCCUUGUAUACUCUUCAUGGGGUGUUCAAAAUUUUCAGUAUGAUCAGUGUUAAGCUAGCCCAGACAACACUGGCUAAGAACUGGUUGGAGCACAUCAAGUACAUAGCUAUGACAUAAAUCCCUAUUUGACGCAAGACUUUCGGAAAGUACUGAUUGAUAAGAGAAUAAGUGGAGAUUAUUGGUAGACAAGUUACUUAGAACCAGUAUGGUAGAAUAAUUGUGAUUAGAGCCCAUUUGUGUAGAUUUAUAGUUUUCCAUAGAUAAAUGAUCAGAGAGGGAAAUUUAAACAAUUCUGAAUGCUAAAGAAGGAUAUUGUGUCUAG